AAAGCAAGCACAGACCAGAGGGUUUGAGAGAGAGAGAGAGAGUGUUUCUCCAACUUGUAACACUUUCUUUGACAGCACUGUAUUUAGGAGAAAUUUUCUUUUAGCAGAAAAAAAAAAAAGAAAAAGGGAGAGAUAUUUUUGGUCGAAAUUCGAAAGAGAUUCUUUAAGCAUUUUAUUUCUGGAAAUCCUGUUCUAUUUUAUUUACAAGUAUUCACUUUCUGUUUGGGUGUUUAAUUCAGUUUCAGUUUUUGAAGCAUUUCUCAGCUGAAACUACACGUAAAAUUCCAUAAUUCAGAUCACAGAUUUGAAGGCAUCUGAGAUUUGAAGGUCUAUUGGUAAUUCUUACAGUAAAAAAUUAAUUCGGGAAUUGAAUAGUGUUCGACAAGAUUUUCUGAGGAAUGAAAAUUUUCAAAUGAACUCAUGAAACUGGCUAUCGGAAUCUUAACGUUCAAAUCGAGACCUAAAUUUGCUUAAGAAAGCAAAUGCACUUCCGAUCUCAGGCGGAGCUCCGACAGCUCUGAAAUUAUUCUGGUUUCGCCCGAGAUGCGGAUCUGAUAACGAGGAGAAGCAUUUGCAAGGAAAGAAGAGAAACGAAGAGAAAAAUCUACCUAAUUUUCAAAAUCUGGUGGCUCCAGAAUCAGAACAGUUUUAAUCUGAGAGAAUUGUGCUUUCCUCGGAGGAAUUUUAAUUCAGAGAAAAAAAAAUUGGUGAAUUUAUCAAAAAUAUCUCCGCCGUGGAUGGAGCUUCCUCAACAACAACGUCUCUUUGAAAGCGAAGAAGCAUAUUUUUUACAGGAAGAAAACCAACACACGACUUUCUUUCGCUGUACAGUCAUUCAACAGUCCAACAAGAUCCAAGGCCACCUUCUCAAGGUUACCUCAAAACUCAUGAUUUUCUACAACCACUGGAACGGGUAGGUAAGACCACUGCUACUAAAGAAGAAACCGGUAUAGAAAUUUCAUCGCUUGAAAGGCCUCCGCCUCCAGCACCACCACCCUCAGUGGAACACAUCCUUCCUGGAGGCAUUGGGACUUAUAGUAUUAGCCACAUUUCUAAUUAUUUCAAUCAAAGGAUUCCAAAACCGGAGGGCAGCACAAUGUUCAGCGUAGCUCAAGCAAGUAGUACAGAUAAAAAUGAUGAGCAUUCCAACUGCAGUUCUUAUACUGGAAGUGGAUUCUCACUGUGGGAAGAAUCUCAAUUGAAAAAGGGAAAGACAGGGAAGGAGAAUGAGGGAGAAAGAUCCAACACUGUAAGAGAGGCGGCGGCGACGGCUGGACAUUGGACAUCGUCGGAGAGGCCGUCACAGUCAUCGACGAAUAACCAUCGCAAUAGUUUCAGCCCUCUCUCUUCCUCUCAGCCAUCAGGGCAGAAGAGCCAUAGCUUUAUGGAAAUGAUAAAAUCAGCCAAAGGCAGUACGCAAGAUGAUAAUUUAGAUGAUGAGGAAGAGUUUGUUCUUAAAAAAGAAAGUUCUUCCCCUGUCCAUAAAGGGGAAUUGAGGGUGAAAGUGGAUGGGAAGAGCACCGAUCAGAAGGCUAACACGCCUCGGUCAAAACACUCUGCCACUGAGCAACGGAGGAGGAGCAAAAUAAAUGACAGAUUUCAGAUGUUGAGAGAACUCAUUCCUCAUGGUGACCAAAAGAGAGACAAGGCUUCAUUCCUAUUAGAGGUGAAAGAAUUGCUUAUAUUCUUCUGUUUCUUUAUCUUAGAGUACAAUUAUAGUGUAAUCUCAGAAUGUUGGCGGCAUCUUCAUAUUUUGCAGGUAAUUGAGUACAUUCAAUUUUUACAGGAGAAAGUACAAAAAUAUGAAGGGUCGUACCAAGGAUGGAACCACGAACCUGCAAAAUUGGUGCCAUGGAGAAAUGGUAACAGGCCCACUGAAAGUUAUGCUGAUCAAUCUCAAGGCAUAAAUGGUGGUGCUGGUCCUUCAAUACUGUUUGCUUCAAAAUUAGAUGAGAAAAACAAUACCCUUUCUACAACAAUUCCAGGAUGUGCACAGAACCCAGUAGAGUCUGAUAUAAAUUCAGUUAGUACCUUCAAACCGACAGAUCACCAUCCUGGAAUAACAAAUAGUGCAAUCCCUUUUCCUAUGUCGCUGCAGCCAAACUUCUUCAAUUCUGGUAGAAGUGGUGGCAUAGUCAAUCAACUUCCACCUAGAAUGGUAUCAGAUGCUGAAAACAUUGCAAAUCAACCUCAGCCCCAAUCACAUAAUACCAGAUUGUGUACAAGUGAUGGAGCUGUUGCUGCUGAUAAGCUGAAAGAACAGGAGCUUAGCAUUGAAGGUGGUACAAUUAACAUCUCAAGCGUGUACUCUCAAGGGUUGCUAAAUACUCUGACACAAGCACUGCAGAGUUCUGGAGUAGAUUUGUCACUGGCCAGCAUCUCAGUGCAAAUUCAGCUAGGAAAGCGAGCCAAUAGAAGACCAAUUCUUCCGACAUCCAUUGUUAAGGAUAACGAGGUCCCCUGUAGCAAUCAAGGGACAACACGGCCAAGAGUCUCAGAUGGAGAAGAAUCCGGUCAGGCCUUAAAGAAGCUCAAGACAAGUAAAACUCUGUGCCCAUCAUGAGGGUUUAUUCAUGUCUUCUUCUGGUUUAUAAACUAUCCAGUUGAGACCCAGAUGAUUUGUACAUGUAGUUGUUUUUCGUUUGUUAGGACGCACAGAUUUCCUAACGAACAAAAAUUUGUAUUAUUCAUUUUCCUUUUUAUGUAUCCUCAAAUAGGCUUCCAUAUUCUAAUGUAGAGAAGCUGCUUUUUCAUUAAAGCUUCUACUUAUGAUAAGUUUCUAAA